GAUGCGCAUGCGCAUGAAGGGGAUUUCCGAGUCAGCCUGCGGUACUGGAUGUUUGUUUACGUGGUGCUGUGCGGCCCGAUGCGGGAAAACAAUGUAGUCUUGAAAAUUAACUGAUGUAUUUGAUGUAUUAACUGAUGCAUUCCAGCACGGGAUUAACAGGGAUUUGUGUGGUGCUCUUAUUUUUGACCGAAAUUAAAGCCAUAAGGGUCAUUGGUCAGAAUGUGACUGUGGCAGCAGGAGAUGAUGCACAUUUAUUCUGUCAACUGGUGGAGACGAGAGAGCCUCUAACAAGCAUUAGGUGGCAAAGACGAACAAAGGAAAAGCCAGCAAACACAGAUUUUGUGGUUAUCACUUCAGAUGGCAAAGAGGAACAUAUAAAUGGAUUGAGAGACAGAGUAAAAUUCACAGGUAACAUCUCGCGACUCAGCGGCUCAAUUCUUCUAAGUAAAGUUACUGCUUUAGAUGAAGGAAUCUACACCUGCGUCUUCAGCGUAUUUCCAAGUGGACCGUAUAAAACAGAAAUUCGUCUCACAGUACUAGUUCCUCCUGUUGUCAGUGUGAGCACGGAUGUGCCUCCUGUUGCUGGUGACGCUGAGGAGAUUUUAGCAACCUGCACUGCAGCCAAUGCAAAGCCUGCAGCAGAAGUGUUGUGGAGUCUGGGUGCUUUAAGUGACUCUGUCAAAGUACAAACUAAUGUCACUGUGGACUCUGAAGGAAGAUCCACUGUUAAAAGCAGCCUGAUUGGUGUAGCAUCCAAAGAUCUAAACCAGAAGAAAGUUCAGUGUUUGGUCACACACCCUGGCCUAAAGGGGAAACUGGAACUGAAUUACACAUUGAUCGUUCACUAUCCUCCUGAGGUGGUUUACGUUAUUUCAGCAGGUGAUCAAGGGAAAGCAGUUGAAUUUCAGUGUGAAGCAGAUGCUAAUCCAAAACCAACAGACUUCAUCUGGAGCAGACACUUUCCAGUGAAGGAGCCUCUUUCCAGCGGUGCUAAUAGCAGACAGAUUAUUCAGCUGACCCCUGACAGUAACGGCGUUUACUAUUGUGUGGUGUCUAACCAAUACGGGAAAGCUGUAGGUUCCCUCUACGUGCAUGUUACAUCUACAGAAUCCAAAGCUUGCUGGACUCUGUUCAUCAUAGCCCUCUUUGCUGGUGUUUGUGGUUUUCUCAUUUGGAAAUAUAAUUUGCAUCAACACAUUACAAAAAGACUGCGGUGUAUUAGUCGUGAUCCUGUGCCCACUGUAUCUUCAGACCAGGACGAGGAGAGUUGAUGUGUGGGUGGUUCAGACCUCUCUACUGGGACCAUACCUUGCCGUGGUGGAGGGGCUUAUUCUUCUUACAGUGUCCUACUUUCCAGGAACUUAAGAGGAAACCAAAUGGUCCCAUAGGUUUUGUAACAUAACGAUCCAGUUUGGGUCUCCCUCUCACCACAUAUUAUUAUUAAAGGUGGCCAUAACAUCAUACGGUUCUGUUGACUUGUCUGCCGUCAUGAACAUGAUUUCCAGCAGAACUACAAGCAGCUCUUAAAGAUCCCUGCAAUGAGAGGAUGACACCCAGGCAUCAGAACUAAGAGGACAUCUCCAACAUCAUUCCGUUAACAUUUCCUCUAGAGAUUACAUCUGGACGUUCAUUACACAACAUCAAUUCAUCACAUCUUACUGCAGAACAAGGUGAAGACAAUUAUGGCAGAUGAGGGCCUCUCCAGAGACCAGCUAAAUUAGAUAAGGUUAACAUCAACAGCAAUUCUGGUAUAAAUUAUUGGAUGAAAAUCUGUUGCCAAACCGGCUCUUUGCAGAGAAGAUUGAAGACCACUGAAGUAAAGUGUAAGCACUAAUUCGACCAUAAACAACAAGUGAUUCAACCGGCUGAGUUGCUACCAGCUGUAAAUUGCACAUUGCAGGCCUGGCAUAAAAGCUCCUGAGUCAGAAAAUGAGAUAAGUGCACUCACUCAGCCUCAAAGUGGUUGGGUGUAAUGAUGUCAGACACUGGCACCACUUUAUCCCUGUACACUGGCAGCAGGGCUUCUGGAACGUACUACAAAUAGGACAAAAAACCAAGAUGUACAAAUAUACAACAGGAUAAUAACUCCAGACUUGAGUGGGGGGCAACACUGCACAGGUCAGUGUUUUUUCUUUCUCCUUUACAUCUACUAAAAUCAAUUCAUUAUGUUCUCAUAUUUAUUUUUAAAUGUGCUUGAUUCCUUUCUUCGCAUCUCAGCUCCUCACUCUGAGAAUAUGAGAAAAGGAUGAAAUAAAAAGAAAGAAGGCCAGAGGAAUUUGCCAAAUGACACGUCACUGAAGUGUCACUUUAAAGCGCCGUCACCUUUUGUUUACUCGCUGCCCAGCUGGAUCACCUGGCGCAAGGCAUAACAGGUCUAUCUGUGUAUAUACACAACUUGGUGCAGUUACACGGUAAUGAACACCAAUCGGAACAUAACUGCAUGUGUAUAUGCUUACAUAGUGAUGUUUUAGUCUGAUUCUAUAUGGUGUGCUAUUCAGGGUGGAUUAUUGCCUUGUGGUUCCCAGGACAGGCUCCAGGUCCACCACUAUUUUGACCAGGAUAAAGUGCUUGCUGAACACAAAUGAAUGAAUGAAAUAUUCUGUUUGUGUGUGUGUGUUUUUUUUUUAAAGAUAAAUCAGACAUAUUUUAACUGACUUUUUACUGACUGUUUUCUUAAUUACUUUAUUUUAGUGUUUUGGGAGAGGUGGAGCUUACAUUACACACUACAAUAAAAAGAUGCUCAGUUAGGAAGCACCAGUGUAUACUGAAUUUAGAAGACUUCAAUAGUUUGGAAUAGUUUGAAGGAAAAAACUAUUUACAAUAUUUUCAUUUGCUCUAAAUGCUUUUUUUCCCACUCCAAACUAUUCCAAUCAACUGGAAUAGGAGGCUAAAAGAAUGCUGAGCUGGGCAGCACUGUAGAUCUCCUGGAGUGGAAAUAUGUGCUCCUGCUGUAAACCAACAGCAUGUAUAUAAACAUAAAACACAGGAUGUUUUGCAAAAAAUGAAAUACUAUAAGUGAAAACAGAAUCCACAUUAGCCACUUACAAUAAUCAAUUCAGUGAAAUGAAUGAAAUGGCUCCUUAGGCUACUCACCAUUGAUCCAUUAUCUCCCAUGACUGGAUCACAUACUGAAAAACAAUAGAAACAUGUUUAAACAUUAACUCACUCAUCGCCCUGUAGCUUGGUCAAAACAAUACUCUUUAUUCGUAUCAGUGCAUCAGUGCAUGAUACAAUCUGCCAUAAACACAUAACCAUGUGUCCAAAGCUUCGUUUCAGCACACAACCACUUGACUGCUUUGGGCCCUGUUGUGCAUUUAGAGAUUUGUAGGAAUUAGUGAUUUGUGUGAAUUGUGAAUUUGUUUUCUGAAGUUUGGGGAAAAACUCAUAUAAUCAAAUAAGAUUUUCUAUGUACAAGAAUGUAUUAAUCUUGCUGGCAAAAUCAAAUCCUCAUGUUUUACAGUUCAGAUCAGCCCACAUGAGGCUUGCCUAUGAAGUAAUAGUGAUGGACUAGGGCUGAGUUAAAUGUAAAUGAAUAAGUUUAUGCAUGUUUGUCAAUUUAAUAUGUUACCUAUUCUUGUUUUUUUCCUUUAUAAAGCAUUAUUUAGUGUUACCAUUUGCCAUUGCAUUGGUUAAAACUUUUUUAAAGUACUGGAAUGUACAGUAGUUUACUAUCUUUACUUCAUGUGUUUGACCACCAGAUGCCACUAGAUUGCACUGUGUUGAAAAGCUUCUAGUCUUUUCCCAAAACAGUUUGGAGCAAAGCAUCACUGUUUCAGAAAGUUUCAUUUUGCCCUCACUAACAUACACAUGUCUUCUUAUAAAGAUAUUAAAAAGACAACUCAAUAAUAAUACAAAUAAAAUAUGUGAAUACAUGUGAUACAAGACCAAUCACAACAGUCUAAGUGGUUUCUCAUGUAAUAUACCAAAGGAAGAAAGAAGUAAGAAUCAAGAUAAGCCUCGUCUCAUUUUAGGAAACAUUUUAAAUCUUGGAAAGUUUGGCCCCUACCGUAUACAAGCCUGGGGUUGGCACUCUUCAGCUCCUGCACAAUGUCCACCACCAUCUCGAGGAAAGACACAUCCCUGGAGUAACCUAAUCAUAGAAAGAUACUGUUAAAGAGACAAGAACUGUGCUGACUAAAUGAUAAGUGAUAACUCCUACAGAAUUUACAGUCACACUGACAUUUUGGUGUCAGUGUUCAAGCUUCAUGGAAAAGUUUGAAAGACUAAAAAAAAAAAAAAAAAAAAAAAAAAAAGAGCUAUGCAUGAUCUGCAACAUCACAAUCUCGCCCUCUGUGCUUUGUGCAACAAGUGUCAUGUGUUUUUGUUCUUUUUAAUACCGGAUCCUUCUGUGAUUGUGUUCACCUGUUCUAUAUUUCACUGGUUUGUGUACUUAAACCCUGUGUGUUUUCCUGUAUGCUUCUGAAGAUCUGUUUAUUCCGAGUUCUGAGUCUGUUGGGUUGUUUAUUCCAUCAUGUCUGGUUCUUGACUAUUUGUCUGGUUUCCAGCAAUUAUUCCAACAAUAGUCCAACAAUUAGCCUCAAUAAAGAAACUAAACUGUCCCUUUCUUUCCACAAGGUGGCGUUUUUUUUUUUUUUAGCUUUUUUUUAACCUACACCAUGUU